GUGAAUAGUCGGGCACAGCGGUUAACGUGCCAAACUGUGGAUCUGAGAUACCCCGUUCGCGUUAUAAGAGUGAAGGUCAAUACCCACUAUUCUUUCUGACAGUUAAAUACUAUAGGCUUGUUUUGAAGCGUAAGAGAACCUCAACUAACCAUGGGGGACUUCAAGUCAUCUAGAGAUAAGUGGGUUUGCCCAAAUGAUAGGGAGUUGGCUCUCCGUGCCAAACUAAAAUCUGGUUGGUCGGUGAAGACAAACUCGGCCAACUUCUUCCACAAACCCGAGCAGUUAAACGACUCAGAACAGGAAACCAUCAUGAAUGUGAUCAAGAGAGCGGAAAAUGUGGAACUGAAGGAACAGGAACGUAUUGGACGACUUGUGGAAAAACUGGAAAAUAUGAAGAAAAACGCCAUGGGUAAUGGAGCGUCUCAGUGUAUUCUGUGUGCUGAUGAGUUCGGUAUCUUAGGAGCAUCUCCUCUUUUCUGUCACGACUGUAACAAUGCUGUCUGUACUAAAUGCGGAGUGGAUUUUGCUUCUUCCCAGAAAGGGCAACAGUGGCUUUGUAAGAUUUGUGCGGAGACAAGAGAGAUGUGGAAGAAAUCAGGAGCAUGGUUCUUUAAGAGUUUGCCUAAGUACACGCUGCCAGAGAAAAAGACUGACCAUAACAAAUAUGGUGGUGGAAAAGGUGUAGUGGGGGCAGGGUCUGGUGGGCGUGGCCUUAUUAGCUGGUCCCAUGGCAAAGCUGGGUUGGAGAGCAGUGAAAGAGAAUCUACAGACAGCUCUGAUGAUGAAGUAAAAGUUAGUCGAGCAAUUAGAAGACCAAUUAUCCACAAUGUGGUUCAUGAAUCGACAGAUGGAAGUGAAUCUGGACAGAAUGGCAAAACAUCUGCUACUGUAGCUCCUCCUGAUACACCUCGCUCCACUAUUGUCAUUGCACGCCCUUUAGGAAUAGAACGUUAUGGAGAAGAAAGUCACAUAGAGGGCUCUGACAAUGGACAUUCCAUGUCUUCUGAAGGAGCUACAGCCAAUUCAAGUCGUGUGCUCCUUGACCAUGACACAUAUCGUUCUGUUAGUCAUGAUUCUACAGAUCAUGUGCCUUACAGUCCCUCCCACUGGAGACAUGCUCGAGACUGGAGUCGAUAUGGGAUGGAGGAAGAAGGAAAUGCUGAUGAUGUUCAUACUCAGUUUGAGAGUUGUAAUAGACAGGAUUCUCAGGUAUCGGUAGUUAGUACUGGAAGUGUCGGCAGUGUUGGCCCAUACAUCCGCUACUCACCUACCCCGAGUGGUUACUCUCGAGACCGGGAUUCAGUAACUGAGGAAGUCUCUCUUGAUGAGAGACUCUCACCAGAAGAUACAUCUAAUUUAGGGAGUUUGGAAUUCACUUUGAUGUAUGACCCAUCAGACCAGGCACUUCACUGUACGAUUCACAGAGCCAAAGGUUUAAAAGCCAUGGAUUACAAUGGAUUCUCUGAUCCCUACGUUAAACUCCAUCUUUUACCAGGUGCAAGCAAGGCCAACAAACUAAGAACAAGGACUGUACAUAAGACACUUAACCCUGAAUUCAACGAAACAGUUUCUUAUUAUGGAAUUACAGAUUAUGAAAUAUCAAAGAAGACAAUCAGAUUGUCUGUUCUGGAUGAUGAUAUUUUUGGGAAUGAUUUCAUUGGUGAAGUUAGGUUUCCACUGAAGAGGCUGAAGCCUCAUCAGUCAAAACACCUAAAUGUUUAUCUUGAGAGGCCACUGUCGAUUGACCGAGAUGAAGAAGAGGAAAUGGAAAGAGGCCGAAUCUUGCUGUCUCUCAUGUAUUCCAACGACAGAUUAGGCCUCACAGUUGGAAUAAUUAAAUGUGCUCAUCUUACUGCAAGAGAUGCCAAUGGUUACUCUGAUCCUUUUGUGAGAAUACAACUAAAACCAGAUCCACUUCGCAGAAAGUACAAAACAUCAACCAAAAAGAAAACAUUGAAUCCAGAAUACAAUGAAGAAUUUAUUUUUGAUAUUAAACCACAAGACCUUUGCAAGAAAACGCUGGAAGUAACGAUAUGGGACAAAGACUAUGGGAAACCCGAUGAUUACAUAGGAGGGCUUCAACUAAGUAUCCACUCUAAGGGUGAUCGUCUACAGCAUUGGGUGGAAACACUGAAAAAUCCAGACAGACGAAUUGAACAGUGGCACAAACUGAGUGGAGUACUUCUUUUGCACUGAACAAACCUGGAUAUAUGUUAACUGAUAUGUACCAAAUGAAAUCUAUUUAAUGUACAAAGAUUGUUCUGGUGAAUAGUUUACUUCGGGUGUAAAACUGAUCUAAGAAGUAAUUACGAUAAACAAAAAUAUAAAUAUAUAUAUAUGUAUAUUUCUGUGUGUGUGUGUAUAAAACUAGUAUAAAAUAUAAUAUAAAUCCCCAACAUUUAAUUUAAAAAUUAAUUUCUUAUUGCUUAAUUUCUCAAAACUUUAUCUACUUAAUUACUGCAUUACCAGUUGAUAAUAGUGCAAAUUAUAAUUUUUCUGCAUUUCAAAAUACAGCUUUAGAACACUGUCUCAGUAACACGAAAACUAUAAUUCAUCAGUUUCUUUCAGUCUAGAAAGCUGUCUUAAUAACAUGAAAACUAUAAUUCAUCAGUUUCUUUCAGUCUAGAACACUGUCUCAAUAACAUGAAAACUAUAAUUUAUCAGUUUUUUCAGUAUCCUUGGAAAUUUUAUAGAUAUAUAUUUUAUGUAUGUGAUUAAAAAGACCUAUAACCUUAAAACAAUUGUAUAAAUAUUUAAUUUUUAUAUGUUAACACCAUAGUUGAAGAACAACUUAGACUCACUUCAACUAAUGAAAACUACCAUAACAGCUUUUAGCUAUAGACACAAUAAAAAGUACAAUUAAUCUGGAUUGAAUCUAACGUGAUAAGAAAUAACAAAAGAGAAAGCUAAGUUUGACAACAUAAGAUAUAAUUUUGCUGAGGGGUGUUCAUUUGUUACCAGAAACAUCAAGUUAUUCUAUCCCAGCUUAAUGUCUUCUCCAGCUCUUAAAUUCUGAAAGAUUAUAAUUUUAAUUUCGUCAGUGUCUUAAAUGAUUGAAAACAAAUUAACGAAUCAGCCAAAAUUUGCCAAUCUUUAUUGUGUUGAAAAAUACAAAAAACAAACUCAUUAAUUCAACAUAACUUGUAUUUCACUCAUUGUAUUCAAGAAAUAAAUUGUGUCUUUAAGAACUAAUUGUGUAAUUCUCUAUAGAAUACCUGUCAUUUAACAGCUGUCUUUAAGAAAUUGAUAACUCUAUGAUUGUAUGUGAUAUUCCUGUCAUCUGAUAAUUGUGUCUUUAAGAAACUAACUCUAUGCUUGUAUGUGAUCGUCCUGUAAUCUAAUAAUUUGUUUUUAAGAAACAAAUGACUCUGUGAUUGUAUGUGAUCUUCCUGUAAUCUAAUAAUUUGUUUUUAAGAAACAAAUGACUUUGUGGUUGUAUGUGAUCUUCCUGUAAUCUAAUAAUUUGUUUUUAAGAAACAAAUGACUCUGUGAUUGUAUGUGAUCUUCCUGUAAUCUAAUAAUUUGUUUUUAAGAAACGAAUGACUUGUGAUUGUAUGUGAUCUUCCUGUAAUCUAAUAAUUUGUUUUUAAGAAACAAAUGACUUUGUGGUUGUAUUUGAUCUUCCUGUAAUCUAAUAAUUUGUUUUUAAGAAACAAAUGACUUUGUGAUUACAUGUGAUCUUCUCCUUGUCUAAUAAUUGUGUCUUUGAGAAACCAAUAACUGUGAUUGUAUAUGAUCUACUUUUUAUCUCAGAAUUACAUGAAAUUUAAGAAAUGGAUAUUUGUAUCAUUAAAAUGUGAUGUGUUGUCCAUUGUAAUUUAUCUAACACUUAAAAUAAAAACAUUACAUCAUUUCUAUUUAUAAGUGCAGAAAGACACUUAUAAGGUGACUUGGGAUAAAAAAUAUAUCAAAAGCACCUGCUCAUGUUUAAAAGAGGCCACAAACUUAAAAAGGCAAUAGAAUUAAUUACCCAUUCAGAUAACAGAAACUAGAAAAAUGCAAAAAACAACAAAAAGUGAGAUGAACAUUUUUAAUGAUCAAUGCUGUACUAAGAAUCUAACAUAUUUAUAGCUAAGUAGUUUUAUUGUUUUCAAUUCUUACACUUAAAAUAUUUUCAGUUCCAGUGCUGACAGUCAAUGUUAUGAGCAUGAGUCCAAAGUUUUAAUAACUGCUUUCAUCUUUGAACAAGAGCUUCAGCAAACAAUACAUUUGACAACGAUUGUAUAAGUGAUUUUUUAAGGUUCCUGAAUCAUGAGAAUUAACAUUUUUGUAGUGCUUGUGAGUUUCAAAUAGCUGUGUUUGGCUUUGAUUAUAUGGAAUGAGCCGAUUAUAGAGAAUACAAGGUGUUACCUGUUGCCAAAUAGAGCCUAAAAUUGUAAAACUAACACCACCUGUAAUGCAAGCUUGGUUUGUUAUCCAGUUAUGAGUAUAUUAUAGUGCUUGUAUCAUAAACGUUCCAAAACAUUAUCAUACAAUGUGUUUGUGAAAUUGUUAUAUUCCUGUCAAAUAAAACAAUUACCAAUACAAAAUUC